AUCAUGGACCGUGCUGUGACACAGCCCCGCGUGGCCUCUCAAUCCCCUGCCUGAGCUAGACCAUAAUAGUCUGAAGCCACUGGACGCUUAGAUGGCUCCUCUGUGAUCUCCUGUUCCAAGACCAAAAAUCCCCUGGAGGGGCAAAGGGCAGGGGAAGGAGAGCCAACGGACUGGCCGCCCUCGUCCUCCACGGGCUCCUGGGGAGAAAGUGAGGAUUGGGACCGGAAAUAGAGACGAUGACCCAAAUAGCGCAGCCUCAGAAGCUGAGCUGUGGCAUGCAGGCGGACGAAGGCACGGACUGGCUUCUGGAGCUGCUCACCGAGGUCCAGCUGCAGCAGUACUUCCUGCGCAUCCGCGAUGACCUCAACGUCACGCGCCUGUCGCACUUCGAAUAUGUCAAAAACGAGGAUUUGGAGAAAAUCGGCAUGGGGCGGCCCGGUCAGAGACGCCUCUGGGAAGCGGUGAAGAGGAGGAAGGCCGUUUGCAAGCGGAAAUCCUGGAUUGGCAAGGUCUUCAGCGGGAAGCGACCUGACUCAGAGUUCCCCCCGCAGCCCCAGAGCGUGCCGGGCAAGAGGCCCACCCCACCGCCCUUGGAGGAGAGCCAGCAGCAGGCCCUGACCUGCCUGAUCAGCGAGAAGGACCUGAUGCUCUUUGAGAAGCUGGGAGACGGCUCCUUCGGGGUGGUGCGACGUGGGGAGUGGUGUGCACCGUCCGGCAAGUUGCUGAACGUGGCGGUCAAGUGUCUCAAGACGGACGUGCUGAGCCAGCCUGAAGCCCUGGACGACUUCAUCCGCGAGGUCAACGCCAUGCACUCUUUGGACCACAUGAACCUCAUCCGCCUCUACGGCGUGGUGCUCUCCAAUCCCAUGAAGAUGGUCACGGAACUGGCACCGCUGGGCUCCCUGCUGGACCGGCUGCGCAAGAACCUGGGGCAUUUCCUGAUCGCUACGCUCUGCCAAUACGCCGUCCAGAUCGCCAGAGGCAUGGCCUACCUGGAGUCGAAGCGCUUUAUCCACCGCGACCUGGCUGCCCGCAACAUCCUUCUGGCCGCCAACGACCUGGUCAAGAUUGGCGACUUCGGCCUCAUGCGGGCCUUGCCCAAGAAUGACGACCACUACGUCAUGCAAGAACACCGCAAAGUCCCCUUCGCUUGGUGCGCCCCUGAGAGCCUGAAGACCCGCACCUUCUCGCACGCCAGUGACACUUGGAUGUUUGGAGUUACGCUAUGGGAGAUGUUCACAUAUGGACAGGAGCCGUGGGUUGGCCUUAACGGCAGCCAGAUUUUGCACAAGAUUGACAAGGAAGGCGAGCGGCUGGCCCGGCCUGAGGAUUGCCCCCAGGACAUCUACAACGUCAUGUUGCAGUGCUGGGCGCACAAACCGGAAGACCGGCCCACCUUUGUGGCCCUGCGGGACUUCCUGCUGGAGGCACAGCCCACGGACAUGCGGGCCCUGCAGGACUUUGAGGAGCCAGACAAACUUCUCAUCGAGAUGAACGACAUCAUCACGGUCAUCGAGGGCAGGGCCGAGAAUUACUGGUGGCGAGGCCAGAACAAACGGACCUUGAAAGUGGGCCAGUUCCCACGCAACACGGUGACCUCGGUGGCGGGGCUGUCGGCCCACGACAUCAGCCAGCCGCUCAAGAACAGCUUCAUCCACACGGGCCAUGGAGACACCAACCCUCAGCAGUGUUGGGGCUUUCCCGAUAAGAUUGACGAGCUGUACCUGGGCAAUCCCAUGGACCCUCCAGAUGUCCUAGGAGUGGACUUGAAUGCAGCGAGACCCACCCAGCUCCCAGGAAGGAACAAAAGGGAGCCGCCGCCCCGUCCGCCUCAGCCCUCGAUCCUUCUAAAGAAGCCCUCCUACGACCCCGUGAGCGAGGAGGACGGCUCCCUCGCCUUGAGCCUCAAGCACCUCUGCCUGAAGAAGAAGCCCGGACCUCCCCGGGGCCUGCGGCCCGCCAAGCCCUCGGCGUUUGUCUCGGGCACCAAGGUGGGCGAGCGCUUGCUGCUCCCGCGGACCAGAGGAGCGGCUCUGCCUGGAAACGAGGUGACGCUCAUCGACUUCGGGGAGGAGCCCGUGCCCACCACCCCGUCGCCCGUGGGGGAGCUCUGCGCCCCGUCGCUGGCCAAGCUGGCCAUGGAGGCGUUCUCCUUGUUGGACAAGACCCCCCCUCAGAGUCCCAGCCAAGGCUUGCCCCGGCCCCUCCACCCGACGCCCAUCGUGGACUGGGACGCCCGGCCCCUGCCCCCGGCCCCCGCCUACGACGACGUGGCCCAGGACGAGGACGACUUCGAAGUGUGCUCCAUCAACAGCCCGGAAGGCAUGGCGGGGCGGCGGGGGCCCCGCAAGAGCUGGGAGAUGGGGGAGACCCACGGCGGCUUCGUGGCCGAGGGGGACCGCACAGCUCUCCCGCUGGACGACAACCUCUUCCUGCCGCCCAAGGAGGCCAAGCAACCCAGCCCCGCCCAGACCACGGAGAUCUUCCAGGAGCUGCAGCAGGAAUGCAUGAAGCGCCUCAACGUGCCCCUGGGAGCUGCCUCGGCGGCCUCCACGCCCAGCCCCGGGGACGACAAGCCCCAGAUCCCCCCACGGGUACCCCUCCUGCCCCGACCGCUCCGGCGCAACGAGCACGGCCGCUGGUCUGGGGAGCUGUCGCCGGCCUCCGGGGGCGAGGAGGACCGCCCGCCCCAGAUCCCCCCCCGGGACCCCUUGUCCCAACCCGGCUCCAGGACUCCCAGCCCGAUGGCCCUGCAAGGCGGCUCCCCGCAACCGAGGGCCAACCUUUGCUCUCCGCUCUCCCUGGGCGCCUUCCUGUCCACGUCCCCCGGCAAGCCGGCCAUGCCCACCACCCAGAGCUUUGCUUUGGACCCCAAGUACGCGACGCCCAAGGUCAUCCAGGCCCAAGGCAAGGAGAGCGUCAAGGGGCCGUGCAUCCUUCCCAUCGUCAAAGACGGCCGGAAGGUCAGCAACACGCAUUAUUACCUGCUCCCCGAGCGCCCGCCCUACCUGGACAAGUACGAGAAGUUCUUCAAGGAGGCCAAGAACCCCGAGGAAGCUCCGCCUCCGGCCAGGGUGGUCACCACGGCCACCGUGCGCCCCAUGAUCCAACAGCAGCCAGACUACAAAGCCAACUUCUCGUCCAACAACAGCAACCUCACGGUCAAGGCCACCUGCGGGCUUCAGAAGAUCAUCUACGAGGGCUCCGACGGGCCCCGGCCCUCAGAUAAGAUACGGCUGGUCCAGGAGACGGUGCACGGCGUCACCACGGAGGAGUGCCAAGCUGCCCUGCAGAACCACAGCUGGAACGUGCAGAAGGCCGUUCAGUAUCUGAAGGUGGAACAGCUCUUCUGCCUGGGUCUCAAGACGCGGCUGGAAUGUCACAAGGUCCUGGAGAUGUUUGACUGGAACUUGGAGCAGGCCAGCUCUCACCUGCUAGAUCCGUACAGCGCCUUCCGGCUCAAGCGAUGACCAAGGAGGGAAUCGCCCUCUGAAACGGAAGCCGCCGGCCUGUUGUGGGUUCCCACGUUUGGUGCUCUCCUGGAGACCCUCUUCUUCCUGGAUCGGGUGCCGGUUCGAAGGCAGAGAACGACGGAGCAGAGGAGAUCAAGACUGUGGCGGGGAAUACUGUGAACUGCCGGGACGCGCCUGUGGGCGUGUGUGUCACCCCCCAUGCCGAAG